AUGAAGUCCUUCGCCGCCGCCUCUUUGCUCGCCUUCGUCGCCGCCGCUACUGCGCGCCCCUUCUCCCUCUUCAAGCGUGAUGGACCCACAGACGUACAGGUCUUACAGUUCGCGCUCACGCUUGAGCACCUCGAGAAUACUUUCUAUAGCGGUGCUCUUCAGAAGUUCUCAGACGAUGACUUCACCAAGGCCGGCUUCGAGUCAUUCACCCGUGGUCGCUUCACGCAGAUCGCAGCGCACGAGGCCAGCCACGUCCAGUUCUUGUCAAGCGCCCUCGGCGAUGGGGCUACCAAGCCGUGCACCUACAACUUCCCGUACACGGACGUCAAGAGCUUUGUUGACUUGAGCGCUACUCUCGAGCAGGUUGGCUCUUCUGCGUACACCGGAGCAGCCAAGUACAUUUCAAACAAGGACUACUUGACUGCCGCGGCUACGGUCUUGUCGACUGAGUCGAGGCAUUCUGCCUGGGUUGAAUCGGCCGUUCGCCACGGGUCUGCGUGGGGUUCCGCGUACGAGACUCCGCUCGACUUGAACUCGGUCUACACGCUUGCGUCCCAGUUCAUCACGUCCUGCCCGAGCACGAACCCCACUCUCCCCGUCAAGGCCAACGGAAAGCUCACUACGACCGGCACCGGCGCUCCCGGCUCGCAGCUUACGCUUGCGUACGACGCAUCGUCGACCAACGGUACCCUCUACGCCUCUUUCCUCACCGGUCCCAGCGCGGUCGUUGUUCCGUUGAGCGGCUCGAAGACGGAGUUCACUGUUCCGUCACAGGGUCUGGCCGGCUACACUUACCUUGUCAUCACCACCGACAAGUCUGGUGUGGACGCUAACCAGACCGUUGCUGGUCCUGCCAUCAUCAAUAUCUCGCUCAACUCGCAGGGUCACUACGCGCAGGACCCUCUUUAA